GAGCUAGCCCGGGGCCCGACCCUUCUCCCCGCGGCCCUUCGCUCUGCGCUGACCCCGCGGAACGCAGCGCCUAGUUGGGGCGCUGAGGGUCCCUCUACCCGGGACGCCGGCCCCUCCCCGGGCCUCUGCUCUCUUGCCCGCCCGCGAGUCCGUUCCCCUCGUCGGCUUCUCGGAUCGGGGACGUGGGCGAGCUGAGAGCAGGCCCGGGGAGGGUGGUCAACGCAGAGAAGACGUGGCUGUCAAGAUGAUAGAGGUACUGACAACUGACUCUCAGAAACUGCUACACCAGCUGAACACCCUGCUGGAACAGGAGUCUAGAUGUCAGCCAAAGGUCUGUGGCUUGAAACUAAUUGAGUCUGCACAUGAUAAUGGCCUCAGAAUGACUGCAAGGCUAAGGGACUUUGAAGUAAAAGAUCUACUCAGUCUAACUCAGUUCUUUGGCUUCGACACAGAGACAUUUUCCCUAGCUGUGAAUCUACUGGACAGAUUCUUGUCUAAAAUGAAGGUACAGGCGAAGCAUCUUGGGUGUGUUGGACUGAGCUGCUUUUAUUUGGCUGUGAAAUCGAUUGAAGAGGAAAGGAAUGUUCCAUUGGCCACUGAUUUGAUCAGAAUAAGUCAGUACAGGUUCACAGUUUCAGACUUGAUGAGAAUGGAAAAGAUUGUGUUGGAGAAAGUGUGUUGGAAAGUCAAAGCUACUACUGCCUUUCAAUUUCUGCAACUUUACUACUCACUCAUUCAAGAGAACUUACCAUUUGAAAGGAGAAAUGAUCUUAAUUUUGAAAGAUUAGAAGCCCAACUUAAGGCAUGCCACUGCAGGAUCAUAUUUUCUAAGGCAAAGCCUUCUGUGUUGGCACUGUCUAUCCUUGCUUUGGAGAUCCAAGCGCUGAAGUAUGUGGAGUUAACAGAGGGAAUAGAAUGUAUUCAAAAACAUUCCAAGAUAAAUGGCCGAGAUUUGACCUUCUGGCAAGAGCUUGUAUCCAAGUGUUUAACUGAAUAUUCAUCAAACAAGUGUUCUAAACCAAAUGUUCAGAAGUUAAAAUGGAUUGUGUCUGGACGCACUGCACGGCAACUGAAGCACAGUUACUAUAGAAUUGCUCACCUCCCAACAAUUCCUGAAACCAUCUCUUAGUUGAAAGAGCGAUAUACGUGGGUACCUGGCCUCCUGGUUGAGACGAGCUGAAACAUGGAUGCUAGGAACGCUGACCUGCCACAGAUGAAUACAACCAAUGGGAACGGGAGAAGUGUACCACCACAAACACAUGCUCCUACGGAAGUCCCCAUCCCUACAUCCUGACUGGUGGGAUAACUCAGCACAGAUGUUUGUGCUUUUAGAGCUCAAAAACUCUGAAAUAUUCUGGAUUGGGGUCGCAGCUCAGCUCCCAAGUCUGUUCUGUAGCCAUGAUUGAUCAGUUGCCACCUGAAUACAAGAUAUUUUCGUCAUAUGCUUAAAUACUUAACUAAGAUGAACAUUCAAGGAUGCGGUCAGCUCCUGGGCCUGUGCUGCUAUCCCUGACUGGUCAUUUUCUGCUGCCAAAUUCAAAUAAAGAUCUUGCUUUGCUGAA